GUUGCACACCGGACAUGCUCAGCGGGACCGGCGCAAAUUCCGGUCCGCCUUAGUAUUGUUUUCAAUUGUGAAUGUGGCCAUUAAAGUCACAUAUUAACGUUGUGAUGGCCAUUUUAUUUAAACAGUUUUGUGGAAAACAACAAUAGAAUUCCACCAAAAAGGGGGAUACGACUUCUCAUUAUAUUCCUUUCAGAAUACUAUGUUUAAGAAGAUGGCUGAAUUUGGUCCAGAUUCCGGGGGGCGAGUAAAGGGGGUCACCAUCGUGAAACCAAUAGUAUUUGGAAAUGUUGCUCGAUAUUUCGGGAAAAAACGAGAGGAGGACGGACACACUCACCAAUGGACAGUAUACGUGAAACCCUACAGAAACGAGGACAUGUCUGCCUAUGUAAAGAAGAUACAGUUCAAACUCCACGAAAGCUAUGGAAACCCACUCAGAGUUGUGACCAAGCCACCUUAUGAGAUCACUGAGACGGGUUGGGGUGAAUUUGAGAUCAUUAUCAAGAUAUUCUUCAUUGAUCCUAAUGAGAGGCCAGUCACCCUCUAUCACCUGCUGAAGCUCUUCCAGUCCGACUCCAGCGCCAUGCCCAAGAAGACCGUGGUGUCCGAGUUCUAUGAUGAAAUGAUUUUCCAGGACCCCACGGCCAUGAUGCAGCAGCUGCUGACCACCUCCAGACAGCUGACCCUGGGUGCCUACAAGCAUGAGACUGAGUUCGCUGAGCUGGAGCUCCGCACGCGGGAGAAGCUGGAGCUGGCCAAGAGGAAGAGCAGCCAGGAGAUCACCGAGCUGAAGGAGAGGCUCAAGGCCAGCCGGGAGACCAUCAACUUCCUGAAGAACGAGAUCCGCAAGCUGGAGGAGGAGGACCAGCUCAAGGACCACUAGCGCAGACGAUGGGCAGCUCGGCGGCAGAGCAGUGCCCUGAAGCAAAGCAUGCUGGGAAGGGACUUGAGAACACGGAAAUGAAUAUGAAUUAUAAAUGGUCCAUGAAUUCAUUGUGGGUCGUUAUUUGUGUCAAACACUUUCCAACACUUCUUUUACUCUCUGAAAAUGCAGAAAGGUGGCAAAAACAAUGUUUUCUUUUUUUGUGUUUUGAAUAGAGUGGUAUCGGAAUUUGUUUAUUUACAUUUAGCUUUUUCAGCUGCUAAUGCAGAACUCAGACCUGAGCCGUAGAUGGUGGUUAUUAUUAUGAAUACCCUGAUUUUACAAGCAGCCCGUCUGGGCCUGCAGUCCUGGAUGGGGUCUGCUCUCGUUUGUUCAAAGUGUGUUUGAACCAAACGCCAACAGCUCGCCUCUAUUAACCCUCCUAUGGUGUUAGGGUCAAAUUUGGCCCGUUUUCAAGUUAAGAUAUGACAUAAUUGCCGUCUGGUUUAUUUUAUUGGAACAAGGCUUCAUGAUAUCCUCAAAAACAGCUAUAUAAACAGCAAAACCAAUGGUUAUCAUUUUAUUUAAUUCUGAAUGUCUCUAAAAAAAGAAUUGGUGUUAUGGGUCAAAUAUGACCCAGCAGAUAAUAUUGUCUGUUGAUAGUAUGGUAUGAUAGUAUGGGCCUCUCAGAAUAAAAA